AUGAGUGUCGAGGACAAAGGAGAGCAGGUAUAGGAUGAAUGGUGCAUUGUGGGAAGGCCAUAUCGCGUGUCGGAGUGAUGCAGCGUGGGUAUUCUGUUACAGACCGGGUCAGAGGGCAUGCAUUAAUAAGUCAUAUAGCUUCUGUAAGCUACGGACCGGUGGCUAUGUAGCAUAGGUAGGAGGAAGAACAUUAACGUUCUGGAUGAUGAAACUGUGUGUGUGUCUGUGCUCUCUGUGUGUGGUGUCGUUCCCCACUCCCAAAGUGAUAGAAGGCAGUUUUAAGCAUCUGUGAUAAGGACCAUGACACAUGACACUGGUCUAUUUGUUGUUAUGUCAGCCUGUGGCCCUAUGGCCCUGGGAACAGACCUGGCUGCUACUCCCAUUGACACCAGCUGUCUGAUGCGCAGAUUACAGCAGUGGGCUGUAGAGAAUGUGUGGAAAGAUGGGUAGAAGAAUGGAGGUACACUACCGUUCAAAAGUUUGGGGACACUUAGAAAUGUCCUUGUUUUCGAAAGAAAAGCAAAUUUUUUAUCCAUUAAAAUAACAUCAAAUUGAUCAGAAAUACAGUGUAGACAUUGCUAAUGUUGUAAAUGGCUAUUGUAGCUGGAAACGGCAGAUUUUUAAUGGCAUAUCUACAUAGGCGUACAGAGGCCCAUUACCAGCAACCAUCAGUCCUGUGUUCCAAUGGCAUGUUGUGUUUGCUAAUCCAAGUAUAUCAUUUUAAAAGGCUAAUUGAUCAUUAGAAAACCCUUUUGCAAUUAUGUUAGCACAGCUGAAAACUGUUGUACUGAUUAAAGAAGCAAUAAAACUGGCCUUCUUGAGACUAGUUGAGUCUCUGGAGCAUCAGCAAUUGUAGGUUCGAUUACAGGCUCAAAAUGGCCAGAAACAAAUAGCUUUCUUCUGAAACUCGUCAGUCUAUUCUUGUUCUGAUAAAUGAAGGCUAUUCCAUGCGAGAAAUUGCCAAGAAACUGAGAAGGGUUCUGUGAAGGGAGUAGUACACAGCGUUGUACGAGAUCUUCAGUUUCUUGGCAAUUUCUCGCAUGUAAUAGCCUUCAUUUCUCAGAACAAGAAUAGACUGACGCGUUUCAGAAGGAAGUUCUUUGUUUCUGGCCAUUUUGAGCCUGUAACCCACAAUUGCUGAUGCUCCAGAUACUCAACUAGUCUCAAGAAGGCCAGUUUUAUUGCUUCUUUAAUCAGUACAACAGUUUUCAGCUGUGCUAACAUAAUUGCAAAAGGGUUUUCUAAUGAUCAAUUAGCCUUUUAAAAUGAUAAACUUGGAUUAGCAAACACAACGUGCCAUUGGAACACAGGACUGAUGGUUGCUGAUAAUGGGCCUCUGUUCGCCUAUGUAGAUAUGCCAUUCAAAAUCUGCAGUUUCCAGCUACAAUAGCCAUUUACAGCAUUAUCAAUGUCUACACUGUAUUUCUGAUCAAUUUGAUGUUAUUUUAAUGCACAAAACAAUUGUUUUUCUUUCGAAAACAAGGACAUUUCUAAGUGACCCCAAACUUUUGAACGGUAGUGUAUAUUACAUUUACAUUUUAGUCAUUUAGCAGACGCUCUUAUCUAGAGCGACUUACAGUUAGUGAGUGCAUACAUUUUUCAUACUGGCCCCCCGUGGGAAUCGAACCCACAACCCUGGCGUUGCAAGCGCCAUGCUCUACCAACUGAGCUAAAGGAGGACUAUAUUUUUGUAGUGUAGUUCUAUUACUGUAUGCAGAGAGAGGCAGUGUGUGUGUAUAAUUUAGUGGUGUGGGAUUAGGUCAUGGACAGCUAGGGUGUCGUGUCUGAGAUGAGACCCACACCACACGGUCCACACCACAACAACACAGCAGCCAGUAAGUGACAGCUGAGCGAGGGAGGGGCUUACUGGACCAGGUGGCAGACUGGCCAGAAAACAACAUAAAGGCUCUCUGACAUCAUAUCCACUAUUCUAUUCUUAUCCCAUUAUUCCAUUCUCAUACUUCUAUUCUAGUUAUCCGGUACGUUAAUCUAUUCAUAUCUGUAGCCCUUUCACUACAGGAACACCUUAUGUAACCAGAACCAUGCCUAACCCGCCUAGGCAUACACACACACAGACAGACAACAGUCAACAACAGUAUCAGGGAGAACAAUUGCAUACUAGAAAUUGUGUAUUUUACAUGGCGUCAAUAGCCCCUGGAAAGAAAGUCUGCAGUGAAGUGACUAGCCAGUGUUUGCAGUAGGCCUAUUUCUUUAAGAUGGCAUCCCCAUUGUUAGGGUGUUUCCAUAGUUCCACAGCAGGAUGUGUGACUUGUCUCCUGGGUAGGAGCUAGGCCCAGAUGUUAGGCGAAGUCUAUAUCCCCUCUCUAUUGGAGAAUGGAUACCUCAGCACUAAGGUCAUGUCUAAUUUUGUGGGACUGACUGAGUAGUCUCCCUUUAUCUUGCCUUUUCUCCCUCGAACACACUCUCUCUCUCUCUCCGUCUCUCUCUUUCUCUCUCUAACUACUCUCUCCCUCCUCUCUAUCUAACUCUUUCUCUCCCUCCGUCACACACACUCAGCAUACCGUUUGUUGGCUGAUGUAAACCACUCAGGUCCCUUGAGGCAUGCUGUUGAUUACUGUGUGUGUAUGCUUGCCUGCGUGCAUGCAUGCGUGUGGCAUGUGUGUGAGAGAGCGCCCAUACAGACACAUUGAGAUAUUAACAUAUGAGUGAGUGUAUGUAGUCUUCCAGUAAGCAAAAUUAAGUGAAAAUACGUCUAAAAGAUGUCUUUCCAGACGUUUAAAUCGGGUUGAUUUAUUCAUUUUCAGUUCUGAAUGUUAAGAAGACUUAAUUUACAGAAAUUGAAAAUACGUAUUUUUUGGUCAUUGAUUCUAUGGCUAAAUAUCAACUGCACAUACAUUCAUACUGAAGUAAGCAUUAUAUCACGAUUUUUUUAAUCCAUUUAAUAUAGGGAAGUGGAGCAAACUGAAGAUUGCAACAUAGAAUAUUUGUUAUUGCUCCCAUCUGUCACAUGCACUUAUGUUAGCUUUCUUAAAAGCUUUACAACUGUCUCUGACCCUUUUUUUCAAUUAUCGCCUAAAAGGACAUACCCAAUUCUAACUGCCUGUAGCUCAGGACCUGAAGCAAGGAUAUGCAUAUUCUUGAUACCAUUUGAAAGGAAACACUUAGAAGUUUGUGGAAAUGUGAAAUUAAUGUAGGAGAAUAUAACACAUUAGAUCUGGUAAAAGAUAAUUCCAUCAUCUUUGAAAUGUAAGAGAAAGUCCACAAUAUAAUAUGGCAGUUUAGAAGCAAUUUAGAUUUUGGCCACUAGAUGGCAGCAGUGUGCGUGCAAAAUUUCAGAUUGAGCCAGUGAAGCAUUACAAUACGGGACUAUUUUGUAUCAAGUCGGCCCAAAUGUGCCGAAUUGGUCAAUUGAUACAUUUUCAAGUACAUAACUAUAGAGAACAUACAAAAAUGAUAUGGUAAUACAAAAUGUAAGUUUACACACUCCCAGGAAUGUCAUACAUGAUGGCUCAUUAGCUUAUACACUAACUUUCACAUAUCUAGAUGGCCGAGUGGGGUGGGUGUGGAGCCAGAGACAGCAGGGGUUCAAACUGUAGAACCCAGUUCCUACAUUUGAAUAUAAAAAUGUAUUUUAUCAAACAAAACUAUGCUACAUUUUAUCUCUCGGACCCUUAAGAUGACAAAUUAGAGCAAGAUUACUGAAUGUAAGUACAUGAUUUUUCAUCAGAGGUGAAUGUAUCAAACUAGUUGCCGUGAUACGUUUUUUGUUGGUGUGCACUAUCCUCAAACAAUAGCAUGGUAUUUUUUCACUGUAAUAGCUACUGUAAAUUGGACAGUGCAGUUAGAUUAACAAGAGUUAAAGCUUUCUGCCCAUAUAAGACAUGUCUAUGUCCUGGAAAGUUUGCUGUUACUUACAACAGUCAUGCUAAUCACAUUAGCGCACGUUUGCUCAACCGUCCCAUAUACGGGACACCGAUCCCGUAGAGGUUAAAUCCUCAAUUAAUCACUAUUUGUAUGGUCUUAAUUUCUCGAUGUAUCAAUGUGCGAUAGUUUGACUUUCAUUUAUUAAUCCAAUCCCUUUGUUUUAUACUGCUGGACGGGCACACCAUAUUUCCCUCUGGGAUAAUAUAUGAAUAAAAAUGAUUGAUUUGACCUUUGCGUAACCCCUAUUGACCUUUGUCCCCUCUGUCAGAUCUCCUUGGCUACGGAGCGUCUGGGGCCUCGUCGUGUGGAGGGGCUGAGGAGGGAGGAUGAGGAGUGGACGAGGAAGGCUCACGCUGCCGUCCUCUCCAUACAGGACCUUACCGUCAAGUUCUUUGAGACUACCGCCAGGGCUCAGAAAGGUACAUUUACAUUUACAUUUUAGUCAUUUAGCAGACGCUCUUAUCCAGAGCGACUUACAGUUAGCACAUACAUUAUUUUAUCAAACCCACAACCCUGGCGUUGCAAACGCCAUGCUCUACCAACUGAGCUACAUCCCCUGCCGGCCAUUCCCUCCCCUACCCUGGACGACGCUGGGCCAAUUGUAUGCCGCCCCAUGGGUCUCCCGGUCGCGGCCGGCUACGACAGAGCCUGGAUUCGAACCAGGAUCUCUAGUGGCACAGCUAGCACUGCGAUGCAGUGCCUUAGACCACUGCGCCACUCGGGAGAGUACACACGCACACACACACACACACUCACACACACACAUAAAGCCUUUUCACACUGGCAUUGUUCUUAGCCCCGGGAUAUCUUAGCUCCAGGCUAGACUGGCCCUGGGCUAGCUUAGCCUGUGUUCACACAAGCAUUUGUUAACCCUGGGCUAAGCUUUAGCCCUGGGCUAAGGAUUCACACUUGAAUUCCAAAGCCCUGGGCUAACGGACAAACACAACAUGCGACCAACAUCUCCGACACAUGAUCCAAUAUUAUAAGCAAUAAGUCAUUUAUUAACACAAUAUUUCCCUGUGCUUCUGGCCUAGCUUUUGAUUUCCGACAAUGAUGGUUUGUAUAAACAUUGCUGUCUGCCUGUCCGACAUCGGAAACAAUGUUUCACUUUUUAAAUUAUAUCUCGCCCCUGUACAGAGAAUGCAGUGAACGAACGAGACAUCAACUUUUCUGAUCCAGGCGAAAUCAUGCAACAAUAUUAUUAUCAUAGAUAUAUGCAAUUAAAUGUCAAUAGAAAAGCUAUGAAAACAGAGGAAAAUUGAGUGUUUGCUGCCCUUCUAGCUGUAGAGUUUGUAGCUUUAGUUGGCUAAGUGAGAAGACCUUAGCCAGCCUGCAUAGCAACCAUUUUUGUUAGGCAAAAUGUUAGGAUUAAAUAGUAUGAAUUUACUUCUCAUAAUAACGUGCAGAACGUAUUACAGGCUUCACGAGCAAAUGUAAAUUAAGUGGAAGUUUCGCUUUUGUGAUUGGACAGUGAUCAUUCUAGGUGUUGUUCUUGACCUAGUUUCACACUUGCUAGUUUGGCACUGUUUUUCUGGGGCUAACCCCGAAAAGUCGAUGCUAACCCUGCUCCGAAGCAGGACCAGCUAGCCCUGGGCUAAGGUUGGUGCUAGCCCACCUUGGAAUGUGCAAGUGUGAACACUCGCUUAGCCCCGAGCUAAAAUCUCCCUUAGCCCUGGGCUAAGGUGUGAACGCGCCUAUAGAGAAACACACAGAGAAACACAUAAACACACACAAACUCUGUACAGACAAACUCCAGAGCCAUGAAUUAUCCACAUAGCAGAUCAGCCCAUUAACCAACACUCACGCAGUCAGACCAUAAUCUCCAGGCUUUAAACUGCUCUCCCAGAAUCCCCAAACUAACCAUAACCCAACUAUCCACUGGCCCCACACUGACUACAAACUCUAUAACUAUCCCCCAAAAUGUUUUUAUCUCCAGUAAAAAACUUCUAGCCAUUGGCUGCUAACAGCUGAGAACUGCUAGCUAACUGGCAAGCGCAAAAACAACUUAGGCAGGACAGUCCCCUAGAAAUCGGAAGAUCUCCCUCUAGUGGUGAAAGUAAGAACUGCCGAAAAUGCACAGUCAGAAGAGAAUAAGUAUUCUGUUAAUUAAAUGUUUUGUAAAAGAAAAAUAAUAGAGGCAUACUAAGACAAAAUAAAUGUGACACGGUGUGUAAAUGAUAACACAUUAGUGCAGGAAAUGAAGAAAUUGAUUAAAAUGCUGGAAGUGAAUGCUGGAAUAAAACUAUUAACUAUGCAAAUAAGCAAAAGCUGUGUGCACAAAGGAAAUAGACGCCUGGCUCAAAUAGAAGCCAGUCUCUAAUAAGCACCUGUUGUGUUCUGUGAUUUAAGCAAAUAAACGCCCAAGCUAUUCAUUUAAGUUUUACAGUAAUUGUUCUGUGGGUGUGUGUGUUGCAGCGGUGUACGAGCGGAUGCGUGUGGACCAGAGGAAGUUUGGCAAGUCGACGUGGGCUGCAGCCGUGGACCGCAUGGAGCGUCUGCAGUACGCUGUCUCCAAGGAAACGCUGCAGCUGAUGAGGGCCAAGGAGAUCUGCCUGGAGCAGAGAAAACACGGCCUGAAAGAGGAGGUAUAACUACUUUAUUACAGUACUACAACUAAUACUAUUACUAUACUACUACUGUUAUUAUAGUAAAAAAUAGUCAACUGAUGAGGGCCAAGGAGAUCUGCAUGUAGCAGAGGAAACACUGCCUGAAAGGGGAUGUACUGAUAAUGCUAUAUAGCAUUUUUCAAGAUGCUCAAAGCACAUUGUAUUGGGGAACCACGCCUCAUCCACCACCAAUGUGUAUCACCUACCUGGAUGAUGCCACAGCCGCCAUGUUACACCAGCUAUCUUACCACACAUCAGGUACACCAGGGAUGGGCAACUGGCGGCGGCCCGCGGCUCCCCUUUUGAAGGGCCUUGGAUCAAUAAAACUAAAAAAACUCAGUCGGGUCUCAACUUACUGUUGCAACUGCGGCCGCUCAUGAUGAGUUCAGAUAUUUUGUGGCCCCCACCCCCAUCAAAGUUGUCCAUCCCUGAGGUACACAAUACUCUUGUCUCUCUGUCUGUCUUUCUGACCAUCUAUGUCUGUCUGUCUCAGAUGCAGAGCCUGCAGGAGGGAGAGAAUGCUAUGCAGCGGUUGGACCAGAUGGAGGCGCUGUACUAUGAGCUCCAGCUGCAACUCUAUGACAUCCAGGCUGAGGUGCUGCGCUGUGAGGAACUGCUGCUCAACGCCCAGCUCACCAGCCUCCGCAGACAGAUCACGGGUAAUACUAUACACUUUAUACCUGUUACUGCUAAGGAACAUUCAGACUAGGAACUGCUGCUCAAUGCCCAGCUCACCAGCCUCCGCAUACCUAUCACUGGUCCAUAAUAGUACUAUACAUCUAUACCUGUUACUGUUAAUGAACCCUUAGACCUGUUCUAACUGCUCAGCUCCAGAGCCUCUGUAGAAACACUACUAGUGAGGUUUACUAACAGUGUAGCUCUCUGUGCCCUUCCCUCCCCAGAGCGGCAGGACGAGGUGGUGUACUAUGAUGCGUAUGAGAGUCCUGAUGCAAUGCGGGGGGUAGAGGACCCAUCGGCCCCUCUUCCCCCACUCAGAGACAAGCUCAGCCAGCUGCAGCAGAGGACCAGACAGCUAGAGGCACGCAGGGGACGCAUCACCGCCAAGAAGGCCUACCUUAAAAACAAAAAGGUAAUAAUCAACCAAUCACACGCUUAGCUCUGGACUUAAUAACAAAUCAAAGCUAAGCAAGCCUACUUGACCAAUCACACGCUAACCUCUGGACUUACUAACCAAUCAAAGCCAUGAAAGCCUACCUCGAGAACAAAAAUAUGUAGAAAAGUAAAACCAAUACUUCAAUCCUCCUGGAAUGUGUUGGCUGUAAUAUGUCUUGUUUAUCUAUAACCAGGAGAUCUGUAUCAUCAACCACAACCAGAAGAUACAGCAACGCCAAGGUAGUCAGGACGACCAGAUCCAUCAAGCACUGCAACAGGUACACUGAUAUGUUUCAUUAGUGUUUGUGUUCAUUCAGUGUUACGGGGAUGACGGUGAAUAGAGUUCCUCAUCCUAUCUGUGUUUCUCCAUAGCGAGGGGAGGAGCAGGAGGAAGAUGAGGCGAGGAGUAAUGCCAGAAUGAGUCUGGAUAGAUCGAGAACUCUGGACAGACUACGCAUUUUCAAACAGGUGAGAGAACACAGUUACCUCUGAAUAACACACUCUAAAUCUCUCAUGUUGAGUACAUCUUAGGUUGACGAUGUGUUUAGACUCGGGCCAUGUUGUAACUGUUGGUUCUCUGUCUGUUGCAGCGUUUCCCUGGUCAGGUGACUUUGAAGUCCAGCAGACUGCAUAUGUCCCACGGCCACUCCCGGAGGAAAACCACCUCUCCCCUCUCCCCAACGAGGAGGCCUGAGACCCUGGCUGCCAGUGUCCAGACAGACACCGUUGACCUCCCUGAGCUCUCUGUUCCACCCUCUGAUGCCUGUGGUUACCAGAGUGUCUCUCUACCCCCGCUAGGGGGCGCCACUGGGCCUCGCUCUGCCGUCUCCUCUCUAUCUCCCCUCUCGGCACUCCCCUCCUCUGCCCCUCCACCCCCUCCCCCUCCUCCUCCCCCACCCCCUCCUUCCUUAGAGGACCUCUCCAGUGAGGGAGGGGAGCGGGCUCACCCCACUAGCCCAGUCCGGCAGUCCAAGGCUGGGUCGGAUUCAGAGCCUCUCCCCCUGGCUCCCUUCUCCCCACGGUUCUUUGACAGCAGUCAGCUGCAGACAGCCAGGAAGAAACUGAAGAAGACAGCCACGCUGGACUCCUCACAAUGGAGGAGAGGUCAGACAUGACAACAUACUGUUACCUGUAUUUUAAAGGAAUAUAUCAAAAUUAUAACUUGACUAGAUUUUUUACAUUGUUCCAUUCUCCCAUCUCUCCAGCGAGUUCUCCCAUGGACGAGGUCCUGAACUCCCUGAAGAGAGGCAGCUUCCACCUGCGUAAGGCUGAGCUGAGAGUCCUAGCCCCCGACCCAGACGAUGACGAGAGCAACAACAUCCUGGCCCAAAUCCGGCAGGGCGUCCGGCUGAAGAAGGUGCGGACGCGGCCGGACCAGCAGCGGCACACCAAGGGCUCGUUCCCCCACUCUGCCGACGCUCUGACCCGCUCCAUCCACGAAGCCCUGAGACGUAUCAAGGAGGCUUCGCCUGAGUCUGAGUCUGAGGACGAAGGCCUGCCCUGCACCGACUGGGAGAACUAG